GGUCCUGACGGCUACAGCUCUUCAUUUCAACAUGGCGGCGAACAGCAGUAGCGGUACGGGGAAUAAAAGCAGUGGAGGGAAGCAGUCUGGCCCCUCUGCCGAGCAGGUUGUGGCAACGUUCCAGAGGAUGCGGCAGGAGCAGCGCAGCAUGGCCUCAAAAGUGGCUGAACUGGAGAUGGAAAUCAAUGAACACAGCCUGGUCAUCAACACGCUGAAGGAAGUCGACCCCUCGCGGAAGUGCUAUCGUUUAGUUGGAGGUGUUUUGGUAGAGAGGACUGUAAAAGAAGUGCUGCCUGCACUGGAAAACAAUAAAGAACAGAUAUCAAAGAUAGUCGUGUCUCUCAAUACGCAAAUGCAGUCGAAAGGGCGGGAGCUGACGGAGUACCGGGAACGUUACAACAUCCGCCUGGUGGGCGAAGACGACAAACAGGGCAAAGGCAACGCAGCUCAGUCCAAAGAAAGUGAAGAAGGAGGAUCUAAAAGCGGAGCUGGUGUUCUGGUUUCUUAGUCAGUGUAGCUGUUCACAUAAACCUAUAAUUAAUUGUCGGGUCUGAGAGCCUGAAUAUUGUGAAAAUCACAAUUUUACCUGUGAAUUUUGUAUAUUCAUAAUAUUGAGACGGUCUCCAAUCUCUUCAGAGUUCCACCCUCGGAUGCAGAACAGCACAGUUGAUGGGGAAUAUUCUCACAGUAGAGACAGUAACGUUACAGUUAUGGGUUUAUUUUGAGUGCAGCCGUGACCUUUAAUCCUUAAUCCCUCUCUCCUUUAAAUGCUUUGUGUAGAAUCAUGUAAAUUACAGAAUAUACACAGCUCAGUGUCCGACAUAUCACAGCACAUACUGAACAACUGCUUUUGCCUUUUACAUUAUAAUGAAGGUUAUAUGCAACAAAAGAAACAUACCUGCGUCCAAUCUGUUACUCAGACACUUAGUAUGUUUACCAGUAGGUGGUUAAAAGACUCAGACACUUUUCGUUAGCUAAGUAGUAAAUGAGGCUAGACUGUAGAAUUUCACUGUUUAUUGCUAUUAAUAUUCACGUGGAGCUAAAUCAUGUCCCAGGAUUUUGAACCUUAAAUUAGAGUGCAUUAGUUAAGAAACAAAUGUCUUGCCCCUCCCUUCCCUUCUGACUUUGAAAUUGGAACACAGCCUGACCUGACAACUUGUUAAAAAUGUACUUGCUUUGAAGAUUUUUUUUAUGUUUGUCUUGUUUGUUUUGAUUAAUGAAUUAAAAUGCCAACUUGAACAUUUUUUCCCUAAAAGAA